AUGGCGGAGACAAGAAAGACCCUUCCCCCUCCAAGCCGACGGCGAGACAAGCCACAGUUAUCCUGCAAUCUGUGCAGGAGAAGAAAAUUACGAUGUGACCGAGGCCACCCAUGUGGAUCUUGUCGUCACCGGGGCCUCUCGCUCUCUUGUACAUACUCUCCCACGAGCCCAGCUGAGACUAGGCAUAUCACAAAGGAGACACGGCCGCCAUCUCAUCCUGGCCUCACAGAACGAAUCAGUCAACUGGAGAAAUUGAUCUCUUCCUUUGUGGAUGAUCCAAAUGCCCGAAGGCAGGCUGGCCAGUUUGACAACUCGGGCUUAACUGGUGAUGUCAGGGUCAAAGAGCCACAGCCAACCAACUCGGACGGUGCAGCUGAUCCAUCAGAUUCUUUCGGUCAUAUCUCAUUGCGGGAUAGUAAGACUAAAUAUGUACAGGAUACCCAUUGGACAGCAAUUCUAGAUGGGAUUGCAGAGCUCAAAAGCUCGGUGCAUGAUGAAGCAGGGAGAUCUUCAGAGCUUUCAGCUCCGGCAUCUUCUUCCCCGGAGAUACUGUUCCCUAGCUGUGACCCAGCAACUCAUAGUGAAAUAUUGAGAGAUCUUCCUUCACGAGAAGGAUUCUGGGAAACCCCACAGGAGACACAUAUCAUGUGGGUUGGAAAGCUAUACGGCAUUCUAUCUCUGGCUUUGAUCUUUCAAGGAAACGACGAGUGUUUUCUAGAAGACCAGAGAAGGUUGAUUGAAAAAUUCGACCUAAAAAUCAAACAAUGUUUAGUGCUUGGGAGAUACCAGGAUUGUCCACCAGAUACAAUUGAGACUAUCUGCGGUACUCUGAACACCCAAUUUCAUCAAUCCGGGGAUGGCGAGAUGAGCAGUUUGGUCAUUCUGGGAGUUCUCGUGCGUAUGGCCCAGCGCAUGGGCUAUCAUCGCGACGCCUCUCAUUUUCCUCACAUCUCACCUUUCCAUGGCGAAAUGAGAAGAAGAGUCUGGGCAAUUAUUAAAGAUCUCGAUGUGAUGUUAUCUCUGUCCGCUGGACUCCCUCGCAUACUACGAGAAUUUCAAUCUGACACAGCUCCUCCUCAUAAUCUUUUGGACGCAGAUUUUGAUGAAGAUCUAUCAGAACUACCACCUUCCCGUCCUGAAUCAUUCCAGACUCCUUGUCAGUGGCUCGUUGCAAAGAAUAAGCUCACUUCAAUGCUCGGGAUCAUAUCAGACUUCGUCACGUCCAUCCGCCGACCGAGCUAUUCAGAAGUUAUGCGGCUGGACAAAAUGCUACACGAAACAUACUCAUCCACUCCGCAACAUCUUCAUGAGCGACCUCUCCAGAAGUCUCUCAUGGAUACCUCAGAAACACUUCUCCAUCGAAUUCAGCUUGUUUCCUUGUACUCAAAGGCAAGGUGCCUUUUACAUUAUCGCUACUUGGCGCCCGCGAGAACCGACCACCGAUAUGCUUACUCUCGCGAUAGUUGUCUUGAAGCAUCGCUGAAAAUUCUUCAGUACCAACAUAUGAUGUACCAGGAAUCACAGCCUAGUGGACGCCUAUAUAAUGAAAGAUGGAAGGUCAAAUCACCGAUCAUGCGAGGAGUUAUCAUGCUAGCAACAACCUUGAUCUGUCUGGAGCUGAAUUAUGAGCUUUCGAGCGACUCCACAGCCAAGAAAAAGCAGAUAGCACUACCCGGAAACGUAACGCAUCGGCUAAUCCAGGCCCUUCAACAAUCCCACAAAAUCUGGUCCGAUCAAAAGGAUCUACAUCACGACAUUCCACGGACGAUACAAGCAAUCGAUGUCAUUUUCAAAAAGCUUGAAAAACAGCAGAACGAGACCCCAAAGCAAGCAGCUAGUAGCGUAACUCAACCGUCGAAUAAGGGGCCUUUCUAUGAUUCAACAAUGGGUAUGAGCUCUAUGCGUCAGAUAUCUGGGACAGACCAGCUAAUGUGA